AUGCGUCCUUGUAAUUCACUGAAGCUAGAGUUUCUCAAGAACUGGAUAAUGGGUCUCCAAAGAUGGAGCUUUUCGAAGAAGGAAAUGGGCAUCUUGGAAAGGAAAAAGGCUAUAAAGUUGUCUGCAGAUAUAGCCAUGGCUUCUGCAAGAAACGGUACGACUCGUUGGAGUCGAGCCCUCAUUGCCAAUGCUUAUUCAAAACAUGACAAACAUCUAGUUUCGAAAGGAGCGUCAACGGAGUACAGCAGGAGGAUCAGAAGCAAGAAGAUACUUAAAAGGAGUUGCAGAAGAAUAAGAAGAAGAUCAAAAGGGUUAGUUAGGGAAAGAACAAGGAUUUUGAAAAAUUUAAUCCCUGGGGGAGAAUUAAUGAAUGAAGGUUCGUUGAUUGAGGAAAGUCUAGACUAUAUCGUAUCGCUCCGAGCUCAGGUCGAUGUAAUGCGAAGCCUUGUAAGUGCUUCGGAGGUAGACCGGUGA